AUGGCUGGAUCCGACGACCAUGUCUCGCCGUUUGGGCCUCUGAUGGCCGAGCUGGCUCGCAUGAGGAAGUCCAACUUGACUUCGGCGAUUGACGAUGUCGACCAAAUCAUAGAUCUGCUUACCGCAGCCCGGGAACAGGUUGCUUCAGAACCCGACUCCCAUCGAAUCGGCAUGGCCAUGACCACUCUACAGAACCCGGUCAAGGCCCGCUUCGAGGCGAUCACACAAGACCUCAAGGAGGUCACAAAGGCACAGAAAGGCUUUGGAAAGGCCCUUGACAAGGCCAUUCCCCAUCGCGAACUGCCCAUGGAGACGGACGCCAUGGCCGACCACCCAGCUCUCAUCAAUCGCGCCAUCGCCAUGCACCUCCUCCGAGAGGGCCAAUUCUCCGUCGCCUCAACAUUCCUCCACGAAGCCCACGACCACCCUCCCCACCGCGAAGCCCACGCCGCCCCUUCCCAUACCGACGAAGACGGCGAUGACGACAUGGAGGAUGACGAGGAAGAGGACGAGGAGCAAGAUGCCGACAUGCACAGCCUCCACUCCGAGGAUCUCCAGCACAAGUUCUCAGAGAUGUAUAGCAUCCUCUCCCAGCUCAAGGAUCGCAACCUUGUGGCCGCUAUCGAGUGGGCCCGCUUCAACAGCGCCCAGCUCGACGCCAAGGGCAGCACCCUCGAGUUCGAGCUGAGCAAGCUUCAGUUUGUCUGGCUGUUCAAGGGCUCUAGCGUCAACGGGCUCCCCGAUGAUAACCGUAAUGGCCAGCUCGGCGCUCUCACCUACGCCCGCGCCCACUUCGCCCGCUUCCAGGCCCGCCAUCUGCGCGAGAUCCAGCAACUUUGUGCCGCCAUGGUCUACUCUCCCAACCUCACCGCCUCGCCGUACCGCCACAUCUUCGAGAUCGACUCGGCCUUUGAAGAUGUCGCCAUGUCGUUUACGCGCGAGUUCUGCUCCCUGCUUGGCCUCUCUGCCGAGUCGCCCCUCUACAUGGCCGUAACUGCAGGCUCCAUUGCCCUGCCCCGCCUCAUCAAGUACACAACCUACAUGCGUGAGAAGAAAACGGAGUGGACUACGGAAAACGAACUCGCCUUCGAAACCCCCCUGCCAGAGUCCAUGAUUUACCACCCCAUCUUCGUCUGCCCCGUCAGCAAGGAGCAGACGACCCAGGACAACCCAGCGAUGAUGCUAUCUUGCGGCCACGUCAUUUGCCGCGACUCCCUCCACAACAUCGCCAAGGCCGCUCGGUACAAGUGCCCCUACUGUCCCACCGAGGGCCACGUCAAGGAUGCCAUUAAGAUCAAAUUUUAG